UCCGAUGCUUCUGGCCCCUCCAGCGGUCUAAUGACAAUGCGGGCGGGAUCGGUUGGCUACGGACCCCGAGCUGACAAGCGGAAACGUUGGAGUGUCUGUGGAGCAGAGCGUAGACAGGACCUGGACCUGGAAACGAUCUGGGAAGAUUGAAUGCGAUGCAAAGCCAGCAUCAAUUCCUUGCUACGACUAUUAGUCCGUUUCACGGACAUUCUCACACUACGCAUCACUUGGACCAAGCUGGCCGGUGACCCGCCCAUACUGAACCGAUCAACAACCACUAUGCCCGACACGCACGCGGUCCGCCGCGUUCCAAACAUUACCAUCCACAAGGCAAACAAACCCCAACCAUUUCGGCAGAAAUUGCCCUCGUGCCUGAACCUCUCGCUACCUUUGCUUGCUCCCUCUUUUUCUCUAUGUAUCAAGCGCUCAGUUCGAAAAUACCCAAUAUCUUCUAUCGUUUCACGUCUUUAUCUUCAGCGGUCAAACCCACCAAUUUCAUCCAGGAAGGCCGCAGAGUUCGAUAAUCGCGCAGGUCCGUGGAUGCUCUACAAGUCGAGUUUCGUUUCUUAUCCUAUCUGGGUCGUUUUUCCAGCGUGGCGCAUGGUACUUUGAUUUUCAGUUCUACCUAUCCGGGGGCGUUUCGCUUACUGUUGCCUUCUUAACCUUGCACGCUACUGUUCGUUUUAUCGUCGGGCAACAGUUUUUUGAUUGAUCCAUUGAUUGAAGAGCAAUAUGUGAUUCCCCUGUUAUCUUUGUCUCUCGUGUUACUUACUCUGUUCGUCUAUUGCACUUGUGCGUGGGGCGGCUUUGUGUGUCAUUCAUGUACUAUGAAUCUGAGAUUCACCGCGUCUAUCUGUUUGUUUGCUGGCCGGCGGCCGG